AUGAGGUGGGAAAAGGUUGAGGUGAAGGCGAUAGGCACAGAGGGUGGUGGAGGUGGAAAUGAGGUGUAUGGACCAGGUAAGAGGUGGGGUCAUACCUGCAACGCCGUCAAAGGUGGGAGACUUGUCUAUGUCUUCGGUGGAUACGGCAAAGAUAACUGUCAGACCAACCAAGUUCAUGUCUUUGACACUAUGAAGCAGACUUGGACUCAACCCACUAUAAAAGGCUCCCCGCCUACACCCAGGGACAGCCACACUUGCACAGCCAUUGGUGAUAAUCUGUUUGUGUUUGGGGGUACAGAUGGGAUGAACCCUCUCAAGGAUUUGCACAUAUUAGACACUUCAUUGCAUACAUGGAUUUCUCCCACAAUAAGAGGAGAAGGGCCACCUGCACGUGAGGGUCAUAGUGCAGCAGUUGUUGGAAAACGCCUAUUCAUCUUUGGUGGUUGUGGAAAAUCUACAGAUAGUAUUAAUGAGGUCUACUACAAUGAUCUUUACAUAUUAAAUACAGAGACAUUUGUUUGGAAGUGUGCUACAACAUCAGGCACUCCACCAUCUCCUCGUGAUAGCCACUCUUGUUCAUCUUGGAAAAAUAAAAUUAUUGUAAUAGGAGGUGAAGACGGGCAUGAUUAUUAUUUGUCUGAUGUCCAUAUCCUUGACACUGAUACUUUAAUUUGGAGGGAGCUGAGUACAUCAGGCCAAUUGUUGCCUCCUCGAGCUGGUCAUUCCACUGUUUCUUUUGGCAAGAACUUGUUUGUUUUUGGUGGAUUUACAGAUGCCCAAAAUCUCUAUAAUGACCUUUAUAUGCUUGAUAUUGACACUGGUGUUUGGACAAAUGUUACAACUGCAAUCAAUGGUCCUUCUGCUAGAUUUUCUGUGGCGGGUGACUGUUUAGACCCUUUUAAGGGUGGUGUUCUUGUAUUCAUUGGUGGUUGUAAUAAAAGUCUUGAGGCCCUGGAUGAUAUGUAUUACUUAUAUACAGGGAUUGCUCGGGAAAGUGAACAGAGACCAGAGAAGUUAUCUUUAAGGAAGCAAUUGAAACUUAAAUGCCAAGAACAAAAUCCCAAUCCUAGCCAAAAUCAAGUUUUAGUAAGAUAUGGAGUGGGUUCUGAUAUGGGCCAGAUAAUGUCAGUGUUGAAUUAUAGCCAGCCAACUAGGCUAAAUAUCCCAGUAAACCAAUCACUACCUCCUGGAAAGAAAAUGUUUGAAGCCAAGGUCACCGAAAACAUCUCAGAAGGAUAUAGUAUUGAAACUGUUAUUGAUGGAAAGCCUCUUCGUGGAAUUCUGUUUUUAAACAAGCCAAAUUCUCUGUACUCAGCUGCUCAUACUCCCAGUAGGAAAAGGACUAUUGGUGAAAUUGAUAGUGUUGUCUCGAAUGGUAUACACUCUAACCAAUUAAAGACUCCUAAAGUACUCGAGCAAAAUCAAAUGGAAAACCCAGAAGCAUUUUGUGGAGACGGUUCAGUAUCUCAUGAACACCACAAUGAAUCCAUUGCAGCGGUAAUGUCAAGUAGCCCAAUGACUGCCAAUGCUUCUGAUACCCAUAAGGUUCCUGCCAACCCAGAACCAGAAGCUGUUGCUUUGAAUCGAAAUGAUGAAAAACCCAUAUCCUUAAGUGGAAACUUGGAAAAUGAUGGAGCAAAUGACGUGACAAGUUCCAAAGAUGAGGUGCAAACAAAUGACCAAACAAAUGUGCCAAUUUCCAACUUUGAAGUUCCAUUACAUGAUACGAAAACUCCAAAUUACAACACUGAAUUUUUGAAACCUGCUGCAGCUGAGAGUGCUUUGUGCCUGUCAAAUCAAGGUACAGUGGCGGAUUCCACAACUCCAACAAUAGAAUGCAGCGAAGCAGCAAAAUUAAUAUGA